CCCAAAUAAACCCCUUUCUUGCUCUCACCCUAGAACUAGAAGCUACCGGAACCCAAAACCCCUUUCGCGAUCCAGUGUAGAGUAGGACCUGCUUCGGUGCCUUGGCUCUUCUUUUUUCUCGGAGAAUCGAGAUGAGAUUGCUGAGUUAUCUGAAGCAAUGGCGUGGAACGGCGAAGGAGGCAUUCGGUCAAGUAUCAGUCGUCGCCAAGUUUCUCUGUUUGCUUCAUGUCACAGACCGUUACCUGAUUUCCUCCACCCACGUUCAAGGUCCUAGCAUGCUUCCGACGCUUAAUCUCACCGGCGAUGUCAUUUUGGCGGAACACUUAUCGCACCGGUUCGGUAGGAUUGGACUCGGUGACGUUGUAUUGGUUCGAUCUCCGAGAGACCCAAGCAGGAUGGUGACAAAACGGGUAUUGGGUUUAGAAGGCCAUAGACUCUCUUUCUCCGCUGACCCUUUGGUCGGUGAUGGCUCAAUCAGCGUUGUGGUUCCAAAAGGUCAUGUGUGGAUUCAGGGAGAUAACUUGUAUGCUUCAACUGAUUCACGUCAUUUUGGACCUAUACCUUACAAUCUCAUCGAAGGAAAAGCUCUUCUGCGGGUUUGGCCACCAGAAUGCUUUGGCUCAUUGAGAUGACGAGUCUGUUGCGAUAAUUGUUCUUACUCGUGCGAGUAAUGUAUCAUUCAAAUUCCGAUAACUUCACGAAAGUGGGAUAAGCAUUUUUUGCUGUAUUUACUUGUUUGGCAAUAUUAGAGGAAGCCAUGGACCUGCCGUAGGUUUAUACAUGAAAGUUAUAUCUAAUGUUAAGAUUCAUGUUGGUAGAUCAAAAAAACGGUGGUGAGUGACUAUGAUGAUUGUUGUGGCUUUUGACCGCUUGAGCAAAGUUUUAGAUGUUUUCAUCCUUAUGUGGUGUCAGAGUCAGACCAAAAUGGAAGAAAGAGUCUCUGGUUCUAUAUAUAUACGGUUGCAUCA